AGCAACGCCCACAUUUUGCUCACGCACAUUAGGCUCGGACAUGUCAUGAAAAUGGCGUCCAUAAAGCCGACCAGCCACAUCCAAGAGCCAGGUCUCCCGCUUCGUCGCAACAAGCUUCCCGCUGACAGCAAGCACAUCAGCCACCACGUGGCGUUCACGGACUUCAAGCCUACGUUCUUUAGUUAAAUCAGCAGGCGUCGACUGUCGUUCACGGCUGGCAUGGCUACCUUGUCCAGCGCAUGUCUGACCCGAGCGCCGAGCACACCCCUCGCGCGAUAAUAAAGCGACAUGAUUGGUCACCCAAAAACCGGUACCUCGGGCCUCGCCUUUUUGUUAAAGAGCCGAAUAGCAAGACUUGCCGAUUCCCCGCGCCGGAUCACGGUGCCCGGGCACGAGAACAAGAUUUGGAGAUUCCUUCCAAUUAUGGAGCAGAUGCGGAUCUUGAUAGGGACUGGUUUCAAAAGCUCCUCGAAGCAAAGAAGACGUCGCGAAGUCAGCCCGCGGCGUAUUAUGUCCAAAGCUUGAGUUUCUCUCUCUCUCUCGCGCGCGCGCGCGCGCUCUUAGCGAUGGGGUGCCACACACUCUGCAGAGAAGUUCGAGCCGAGCAACUCAUAGUCAUUUGUUACUGCGAGACCGCCUUAGUCGGGAAGAAAAGGACAAGGUUGUACCACGCCAGCUUCCGAGAUCCGGCCCCGUGAUCCGAUUCCGCACGUCCAUCGUCGCGGAAGAGGGUUGACUUACGGA